AUACUAGUUCUCAUUAUAAAUACUGUCAGAAAGUUUAUUUACUCGAUUAAUUGAAUGUAGAAAAUACAAACUUGUAUAAUUACAUAUGAAUUCAUGAUGUUGUCUUAAAUUAACGCAAUUUACAAUUUCUUAAAAGUUAAUAUAACAUAGAAACGAGUUAUCUAUUUCCUGUAGUUAUUGCGUCGUGUAUAUUUAACGGUCGUCCAUUUGAAUCGGUAGGAUAAUCUUGAAAUCCCGCGUGAAUGACGUUUGGAUACGAUGAAAGAAAGGUAAAUGAGUGAGAUAAAAAACACAAACACAUAAAUCAUCUUCGAAUACGAGAAGCAAAAUCAGCGUUAAUUAAAAUCCGUACCGGACGUAACAGUAUAAUGUAAAACAUAAUAUAACAAAAUAUAUAUCUGAAUAAUUCAUUUUACCAUUGAAAUUUUUAAAUGACACACAUGACCGAGGUAAACUUUGCCGAUCUUCAAAUGGAAGAACGAUACAAAAAGUUAGAACGAACUUUAAAACUGGCGUCACUUAGAAGUGAAAAUAGCAAGAAAGAUACAUUACGGCCUAUAUCUCCUAGUAUUUCUAGCAUUAACGCAGAGACAUUUGAUUCCACAGCUACUAUUCCCUCUUUGCAAGUUUCCAAAAUUGGUAGUGAGGUUGUUUCUUCAAGUAAUAAUUUGAGAAAUAUACAGCUGAAAACGAAAAAUAUUAAUAAUAAUCAUAGAAUGAUUGUUACAUCUACUGCUAAGAAGUUUAACAAGGAAAACAACUGUUCGGAGGAUCGUAUUAUGAUGCCACCACCCAAUGUUGACAGGCAUUUUUGUAGUUUCAAAAUGUCAAACAGUACAGCAAUACAUUCUGCUGUAAAGUCUUCGCUACAAACAAAAUGUUAUUCCUCUGACAUUGAUACUGAAUCACCCAGGAAAAGAGCGAAUUAUAGAUUCACCAAUGAAGAUAGAAAAUGCAAUGAAAGUUUCAAUCCCUUACUGAUUAGAUGCGACAGUUUGCAAAAUAGCAAUGUUAGAAUGUUUACAAAAUGGAAAGUUAUGCUAAAUGAACAAAACCAGUUGAUCAUUAAAGGACAGAUCGAAUGUGGUAAAAUUGCUUGGAGUAAACCUAUUGUAAGAAGAUUGACAAGUAAUAAGGUAGAAUCUGUUUUUAAACAUCUGUAUCAGUUGCAAGGAAAUCUUGUUGAUGAUGAAUAUGAAUUGCCAGAAUAUGUUAGAGGCAAAUUUCAUAGUGGAUUUCCCGAUGAUUGGAAAAAUGUUUAUCAAGUCUGGAGAUCAUUUGUACAGCAAGGAUGUAGUGUAACAUUUCGUUGGCCUACCUCUAUUGCAGAUAGUGAUGAUGAUUUCACAAGUAUAAUAACAGAUAUAUGUACUGAUUCAAGAAAUCCAAAGGAUUUAAAGUUCCAUAAAGAAUCGUAUGCAUCUGAAGCAGCAGUUGAUUCUGACUGUACAUACAAUGAUUUGCAGAUAAGGCAGAAACAAAGUCUCAGUUCAUGCAAUUGUCAAAAAAGUGACUCAUUCACACAAACUAAUUUAUCAAUUGGGAAUACUUCUCGGGCGAAAACUAACAUUCACUCUUUAGUAAAUCAAUAUAAUAAUGACAAGGAAAAUUAUGAACAACAAGGAGAUGUAAAUUUGAAUUGUUCUUAUAAUGAAACUGUAUCAAACAGUUUGAAGGAUAAACUAAAUGUUAUUGUAAAUAAUUUAACAGAUAAAAAUUGUCCGCAAGAAUAUAUUAGAAAAAUUAUUGAGAUAUUUGAUUGUUUAAAAUAUGUUGUAUCGUACAGGGCAAUUAAAGAAGAUGGAUCUAACAUUAAAGACUCAAAAUUGAAAACAAACGAGUAUAUGAUAGAAGGACAAUAUAAUAAAAUAAAUGACAAAUCUCAAGAUUAUGUGGAAUCAGAAUCAAUUUCACUGCACAAUUCUAUAAGUAAUAGAGUCGAUUAUAGUAUGUCAUUACAAAAAAAAAGAACUUUUACGGAAAUGACUGGAAAUGAUGAUAUCAAUACUUCCGAUACUGAAAGUGAAAUUUAUGCAGGAGUUCGGAAGAUACCGAUAGAACGAAUAAUACAGCAAAAAGAAACAUUACUAAACCCUUGUAAACGUAAAAUGCGAAAAAAGAUGUAUCAAAAACAUGAUGCUAUAAAAAAACAAAAUGUUUCAAACGUGCUUCCAAUUAUGUCAAAUCAUAAUAAUGGAAGUUAUAUAAAAACAGCAAACUCUGAAGGAAUUAAUGACAUAAAUUUUAAUGAUUCCAAUGUUAGUGAUAUAGAAGACGAGAGAAAUCAUUUAGAAAGAAAAAAAUAUAUCAAUUCAAAGAAUGAAGAUAUAAUACUCGUCGAUUCGAAGAAUAAAGAUACACAUAAAAUUCAGAAACAUUGUAUACAACAAAACUCAACAGAUGCUCAGUCUAUCCAAUAUUUGCAUGAUUCUUAUGAAAUAACUAAAAAUAAUGAGUGUGGAAUUGACAUGACUGAAAAAUAUAACAAUAAAAUGACUGAAGCAAAUUCUUAUAUACAAGGCAAUACACAAGAGAGUAACAGAUAUAUGAAUGAUCGAUGUCAAAAUCAUUCACCUUGUCAACAACGUGAAAAAUUAUUGUUUGAUUCAAGGAGUACCACGAUUGAAAGGACAAAACCUGUUAUAAUUGAUUCAAUUCCUGUUAACAUAAAUGAUAAGGCUAUUAGAGAAUUAAAUGAAAAAGCCAAAAAUAAAAGUUUGACGGACAAAAAGUCUCCAAAAGCAAGCACAAAUUCAUUGCUUGACAGCAACCAAUGUUCUGAAGAUUGUGUUAAAAGUCAGUCGAGUAACAUAGAUUCCAUUGUUCCAAAAAAGUUAUUACGAGAUAAUUUAAAUGUUUCUAGAGAUAACGAAGCUUCAAAUAGUUGUAAACCAAAGUUACUGUCUGCUUGGACACCAAGAGUUUUGCACAAAUCAGGAUUGCAUUUAAUUUUUGAAGGGAAAUUAUUAAACGAGGUUGGCCACGUUAUAAAUAGAAAGUUUCAGACAGAUGUAAUAUCACGUCGAGUAUCACAAAAAGUGGUUGAGACGGUUCAUCAUGAAUUUUAUCAGUUGAUUGGCGACUUGAACGAUACGAAACAUGUUGUACCUAAAAAAUUGGUAAAUCGCUGUCGUUAUGGUUGUCCCACUAAUAUAGAACAGUUUUGUAAAAUGUGGAAAUCGUUAGAAAAUGCGAAUGUUAACGAUUCCAUAAAUGCGACAGAAAACUGUAAUACUACCUCGGUAGAUAGUAUAAACGUUGGUGUAAGUUCAAAAGGUAGAAAAAUAAUACCUCCUUUAAGUUAUUGGACAGGAGAACGCGUUGUUUUGAAAGACAAUAGUCCAGUAUAUAAUCCUGGCACUUCAAAAGACCCUUUAAUAAUUUUUUCUCCUGAAACGGUCACCAAAAGUAAAGACGUAAAAACGGGAAAACAAAGAAAUGAGAGAAUUAAAAAGAAUAUUUCAGGAACUAAAAAUAAUAUAAGGACAGUCAAACGUAACAAAUCCAAAAGAUAUAUAAUGAAAAAUAAGAGACAAGAAGAGUUAGAAUCAAGCGAUUCCAGUGAUGAUGAAAAUAUUUCCAGAUAUAAGAAUCAUUCCAAAAAUAUAACCAAUAAAUGCGAUACAGAAUCCAUAAAUGUUGAAAAUCUGCUUAAAUCUCAUACAAACUUGGUUACAACGGAACCAACGGUGAAAAAAUCAAAAGUAAGGAAAGAUAUUGAAUUGAAUACGUCACUUAGCAGCCCUUUUAAACAAUUGUAAUUUACAACUACAUUGCCUAGAAGUCAAUCAUCAGCUGGGAAAUACGAUGUCGUAUAUACUUAUUACAAAGAUAUACUAGAUAAAGAUGACAUAUUAUCCGAUGACCAAGUCUCUCAUGUGUGACGUUGAAAAUUUCAGUGUGAUGUUAAAUAAAUUCUUUUUAUAUGUGCAUAUUUUAUAAUUAUAGCUACUAUAGUGUAUUUUAUUACAGUCUUAAGUAAAAGAGAUAAAAGAAUACGUUUAUUGCU